AUGGAACGGGAUUGCUUUCGCUUAGUCAAAAAAUGUCAUCAGUGCCAAAUUCACAGUGACCUAAUUCAUUCACCUCCUUCAGAGUUGCACCUCAUGGCCACUCCUUGGCCCUUUGUUGCAUGGGGAAUGGAUGUCAUUGGACCAAUUGAGCCUAAAGCUUCUAAUGGACAUCGAUUCAUUUUGGUCGCAAUUGGUUGCUUUACCAAAUGGGUGGAGGAAAUCACUUUCAAAGCAGUCACUAAGAAGGAGGUCAUGGAUUUUGUCCAUUCAAACAUCAUUUAUCAUUUUGGUAUUUCAAGAAUCAUAAUCACAGAUAACGCUGCAAACCUUAAUAACAAUUUGAUGAAAGAAGUAAUUGAGCAAUUCAAAAUUGUGCAUCACAAUUCUACUUCAUACGGACCGAAAGCCAACAAAACUGUGGAGGCUGCCAACAAGAAUAUCAAAAAGAUUCUCAGGAGGAUGGUUCAAGUAAGGCUGGCAAACGGACAGGACCGGAUCAACAGGACCGGUUAUACCGGAACCGGUCCUCGUUACCGGAUUUCGUUACCGGAACCGGGUCUUACCGGAAUCGGUUUUACCGGAAAUUUCCAAAUGUUCCGUCCGGUCCCUUAG